CUUAAAAGCUUUCCGUGAUUUCAGUCAAAAGCUUGUGCUUGCUUAUCAUCAUGAAGUCGAAUCUACCUUAUUAUUCAAAGAGGACAUGUGGUGUUCUUUCAUCCAUGACUCGCGCCCUGCGCAGCCGAAACACAAAACCGUGGUUUUGCAGAUCUUUUAUGGCUGCGUGUGUUUGCUUUAUCUACUGGAAUGUGCUGGCAUCUGGGGAUUGGAGCGUAACAUUUUACAGGGAUGCAUUCGAGGCUGAAGUAAGCUGGAUUGUAAACGAUACAGCUGAAGAGAAGGCAGUGCCAGCCUGCUCCUUGAGACAUAUCAUAAAGAAAGAAGACAGUCUGAAAAAACAGUUUAGCUUCUUGGUGCCUGUUCUACAGUGGCGUGAUUCUUUUAUUAGCUCACAUUGGGAAAAGCUCCAGAAUGAGCCGUUACCGUAUGGCUGGAAGGACCAGCCUUUCCAUGAAAUAGGAAAGACACUUUAUCUGCUUUCACAUCCUGGCAACAGUCAUCUGUUUGAGCGGAAAACGGCAGAUACCUGUGUGCGUUGCGCUGUGGUGGGAAAUGGAGGUAUUCUGAAUGGAUCCAGGCAGGGGAAAGCCAUUGAUAGUCACGAUUAUGUUUUCAGGGUAAAUGGGGCAGUAAUCCGAGGCUUUGAGGAUGAUGUUGGAACAAGGACAUCCUUUUAUGGCUUCACCACUAACUCUCUCAAAAACUCACUUAUUGCUUAUUAUCAAGAGGGCUUCCACAAAGUUCCACGUGACCCGGGCAUUGGAUAUAUUUUUAUUCCUUCCCAAACUCGAGACUAUGUGAUGCUGGCAGCUGCCAUCCAGGGUGUGUCUGUACCCUCGGGACCUGAUGAAGGUGACAGAUCCUCACAACUUUUUGUAUAUAAUCCUGAACCACAUCAGUUUAAGAUGAUCCAUCCAACCUUCAUUCAAUAUGUGACUCAAAGGUUCCUGAAAUCCCCACAGCUGGAGCAAUACAGAGAUUUGUACAUGCCCAGCACGGGUGCACUGAUGCUUUUGGCUGCUUUACACACUUGUGACCAGGUCUCUGCAUAUGGCUUUAUCACAGAAAAUUACGAAGACUUCUCAGACCAUUACUAUGACAAGGAGAUUAAGCCUCUGGUCUUUUAUGCCAACCAUGACAUGGAGAUGGAGGGUCGUCUGUGGAAGCAGCUGCACUCUCAAAAUGUCUUGCGGCUAUACCAGAGACAAAAAAGGACAUGAUAUCACUUCAGUGAAUGGGACAAGACAGGUGUGCAACAUCUGUUUGUGGGAUAUCCGGAAGGUGAUAGCAGCCCCUGAUCCUUUGAUCACAGCGCGCCCUUAUCUUUGUGGGAGCAGGUGAAGGGAUGCAGAACCACAAGCCUUAUUCUCUGGUUUUCACCUGGUUUUCCACAGCACACAGUCUCAUUCAGACACUUGUCUUAGCCAUAUUCACUAUCCUGUUCCAGAUGACUUCAUUUGAGAGGAGACAGGAAGCACUUUGAUCUGUGGCUGAAGAAAGAGACUUCCAGAUCACAGUGUUUGUGUGCACAUGCAAGUUUAAGCAUAUAAAUGAGCCCAUGGAUGGUUUAACUUCUUCAGGCUUCCUCAGUACACUGUACAAAAACAUUGAGUUCAAUUAGCUUUAAGUUACUACAUGACAGCAUACAACAAGUGAACGCAUAAACUUAGUCUUUUCAUAAACUUAAAAGAAAGACUAAAUUACAAAUGAGAUCACUAAAUAGCAAUGAGGAGCAAAUGGACAUUAGUUCUCAUAUUUCUCUCUGCUUCUUAUAUUUAAUUUCACAUGCGUCUCCUUUAGAGUCUCAAGAGGAAUCUCAGCAAUGUCUCAAACCAUGCUCGCAUUUGCCAGGAUACUAAUGUCUGAAAUCAGCUUGAAGAUCAAAAUGGCUAUGUUUCCAUCCAAGCUGCCAAUGUCUGCUCAAAAUUAGAAUAUCACACAAAGCAUUUAAUAAUUUUAUUUCUCUGUCCAAAAAAAUGGACAAAAAAGUAAUCUAAAAAUGAAAAUAAUUAAAUUAACAUUUAAAUUAAUAUUUUUUAACAUCACAGAAUCUGGUAGCUCUUUCAGUUAACAACUACGGCACUUUUUUAUGCCACUCUUAAUGUAUCAUGUCAAUGGUUGUCUUAUUUGUAUUCAUGUAUUCAUAUAUUUAUUAAUUUCAUAUGUUGGUUGUUAAAAUGAUCUUAUUGUUG